AUGUGCAUGCCGCUCAGUCUGUGUCCUUUUCUAUAAACUUACCAACAGCUUCUUGAGUAGCUGCAACCCACCUAAACCGCAAUCAUGGGCAUUUUGGAGAAGAUCGCAGAAAUAGAGAGAGAAAUUGCUCGGACACAGAAAAACAAAGCCACCGAGUAUCAUCUUGGUUUGCUGAAGGCAAAGUUAGCCAAAUACAGAGCUCAACUUCUGGAACCAUCUAAGUCGGCGGGAGCCAAAGGCGAGGGCUUCGAUGUUAUGAAAUCAGGAGAUGCUCGAGUUGCGCUAAUUGGUUUCCCCUCAGUGGGUAAGUCCACCUUCCUCAGCUUGAUGACAUCCACAGCCAGUGAAGCUGCAUCGUACGAGUUCACCACCCUCACCUGCAUACCUGGUGUCAUAGAGUAUAAAGGAGCGAACAUCCAGCUACUAGAUCUUCCGGGAAUCAUUGAGGGUGCUGCUCAAGGGAAGGGCAGAGGUCGACAAGUCAUCGCUGUUGCCAGGACGGCAGAUGUCGUCAUCAUGAUGUUGGAUGCCACCAAAGGAGAAGUUCAAAGAGAGCUUCUAGAAAAAGAGUUGGAAUCUGUGGGCAUCAGACUCAACAGAAGGAAGCCAAAUAUUUAUUUCAAGCCCAAGAAAGGUGGCGGCCUCUCCUACAACUCCACGGUCCCUCUCACCCAGUGCUCAGAGAAGCUUGUGCAGCUCAUUCUUCAUGAAUACAAAAUCUUUAACGCAGAGGUCCUGUUCAGGGAGGACAGCACGCCAGACGAGUUCAUCGAUAUCAUCGUUGGGAACAGAGUUUACAUGCCUUGUCUAUAUGUGUACAACAAGGUGGAUCAGAUCUCUAUUGAGGAGGUCGACCGCCUGGCCCACAGACCUAACAGUGUUGUCAUCAGUUGUGGAAUGAAGCUGAACCUGGAUUACCUUCUGGAGACGUUGUGGGAAUACUUGGCACUUAUUUGCAUUUACACCAAGAAAAGAGGAGAACGUCCAGACUUUAAUGAUGCCAUCAUCAUGAGAAGAGGAGCGAGUGUAGAGCAUGUGUGCCACAGAAUCCACAGAACCUUAGCGAGCCAGUUCAAAUAUGCCCUGGUGUGGGGAACGAGUACAAAAUACAGUCCUCAGAGGGUUGGCCUAACGCACAUCAUGGAGCACGAGGACGUCAUCCAGAUUGUUAAGAAGUAAAAGAAGCUUCUGAUUGGAGAGAAGAGAAACAUCUGGAGAGAAUUGAAAGAAACAAAACGAAAAAACUGUACAGUAGAUAUACAGCAAAGAAAACAGCUAACAUCCUUAUUUUGUAUAAGAAAUCUGACAAAAGGAGUAAACUGCAGAAAUGGAACUUACUUGAGCUGAUGUGGACAGAAGCUGAUGUAUUUUACUUUUUGAUUAGGCCACACCCACACUAGUCUGUUCAAAAACGCUGUUUCAAAAGAGGACAUCUCCACUUCAACAUUAUCCUUUGAUAAACGUGCAUCACUUGAACAUCCAUGCUCACCGGACGUGCCUGUUCAAGCGAUGACGGGCUGCGUAACAGCCAACAGCAAUGACGGCAAGGUUGGAAGUGCUUUCCGCUCCGCUUGUUUAAGUGUCUUUUACAAACAAACUAGUGAUGGACGUGUUGUGGCCCAGAGGGGCUUAUUUUUAUCGUUUGCACAUCACAUUAAACCACAGUGGUUAUGUUUCACGGUUUCAGUUGAAAACAGACUGGUGUGGACGUAGCCUCAGGUAAAAGGGAAUUAUACAUGAUGCAUUUGAUUUAAAGAGGGGAAUCGGGGCGCAAUAAAAUCCAUACAUAAUUUAA